CGCAGGACGUGCACAUCAAGCCGCGCAGCAAACAGCAAGCGACCUCGCCUGAUUGCCUUCCGUGUUCCAUCGCAUCGCUUUCCGAAAGGCGGAUUGAUGGGUGGGUCUGGUGCGCGGUAGUUGUCGCUCGGCUCCACCCUCACCCUCACCAGUGGGCAGUGCAGUGGCCAGUCACUCACUCCUACCCACCUGCCGAUCUUGGCUGCCAUGGCUCGCUUGCUUUGGUUCUCACUCAAAGGAAAGAAAGGAACCCUCUCCACGGUACGACCGGGACCAGAAGCAUCCGCGUCUGCCGGGCCCCACCUACCGUCCUUUGGCAUCCGGAGGGCCGUGCACGCCUCGGCGUACGACAAGAACCUGGAGGACCAGGUGCGCCCGGCGUUCGUGCCGGACGAUGUGAUCGGCAGCGCCGGGAGCCCCGACAAGUACUGGAGCCCCCACCCCAAGACCGGCGUCUUCGGCCCGGCGGCGGUGGACCCCAAGCUGGCCGCUGGUGGCGCGCCGGACGCCGGCGCGGAUGCUGCAGGAGGCACGGUGCUGGACCAGAAGGUGUGGUUCCGCCCGCUCGAGGACGUCGAGAAGCCGCCCCCCGCCGCGUGAGCCGCGCGGCGCUGCUAGGCCAGCCCACACUGCUGCUCGCUCAUAAAAAGGGCGGCGGGAGAGCCUGGCAGUGGCAGGCACUCUGCUCGUGCUCGGCCGGGCUGGGCUCCCUGCUUAUAUCACUGCAAUAUUAUACUACUAGUAGUGGUGCUUGAUAGCAGUGUGUGGCUGUGCUAAUACCAGUAUAAUACUGGUUCUACUAUAAUACAGUCGUAUCAGGCAUGGCGUGCAUCAGGACUGGUUGUGAUAGUAGCAACGUGAUGCUCGUGCCUGUAAUAAGAACAAGCAGGCGAUGUGUGCCUGUGAUGUACCGGUGUCGUCAGUGUUAUAAGUACUUGGGUCAAUGGUUUCUGCAUGUGUUUGUUA